AUGUCUCUCCACUCCGUGAAGCUACUAGCAAUAGUAGCAGCUGCAUUAGUCGCCUUGUUGGGCUUGUGGGCAGCGAAGGAGGUUGGAAAGAUCAAAAGGCCACUGCUGUUUUCGGUCUCCCAAGCAUUCACUGCUGGGGUCUUGUUCGCCGCUGGACUCUGUCACAUGCUUCCUGAUGCUGUCGGGGACCUCAUCGGGAUCUACGUAGAUCAUAACCCCCAGUUUGGUGCUCUCAUUGCGUGUACAUGGGCCGCCGUGGCAUUCCUGUUAUUGCUUUCCAUCGAGGAGAUGGUUUCGGCUCUGUUACCCGCGAGUACAGCAGUCCCCCACUCGGAAGCCGCGUGCGUCACGUAUAGAACUCAGUUCCCUAUACUGCCUAGGAAGGAGCUUGUCGGUCCUCAUGGUUGCUGCGAGGAGGCAGAUCCCGAUAGCUGUUGUGAGGCAAUCGAGAAUCGGAAUGCACAGGAGAAGGACGGCCUUAUAGAUCCUCUCUUGCCACGGUAUCACAACGAAUGUUGUCCAGUACAUGAGCAUGAUCAUGUCCAUCAUCAUCAUCAUCACCAUACUCACAGUAUCCACAGUAUCGACGAAGCCGAUCCUGAGCAACCUCUCCUCCUCCUCCAACAGCAGCAUCAUCACCAUCAUCAUGUGGAGCUGAAGCAUGCCCCGCUGAAAGCAGGGCCCUGUGCGGAGAUCGGCGCAAUGACGCUUUUCAUUGCAUUGAGCUUCCAUUCAGUGAUGGAAGGUUUGGGUGUCGGAUCGGCUACACAUUCCUGGGAGGUCAUACCUGUCCUCACAGCGAUUCUAGCCCAUAAGGCACUAGCGGCGUUUGCAUUAGGAUGUAGCCUGGUUGAGUCUACCGUGUCGGGCAGGCGAUUUUUUGUAUACAGUCUUAUAUUCGCCGCUGGUACUCCCGUCGGUGCUCUACUUGGCAAUAUUGGAAUCUCCUCUGGGAAGAGCGUGCACGCAGCGGCUGUCUUCACGGCCACAUGUAAGGCCCUAGCAUCAGGAACCUUCCUACAGGUGAGCUCAAUGGAGAUAAUACCCCAGGUCUUCGCCUCUGCCGAGGGCCGGUUUAGCAAGCUUACCGCAAUUCUCGUUGGAUUCGGAGCAAUGGCUACUCUAGCUGUGUGGAUAUGAGAGGUUACUCUACUACUACUACGGCUACUGAGCCUGUGAUACUACCCAGCGCCAUUUUCUCACUGUUUCACCAUUUAAUCUGACUCCUUCA